CAUAUUGUAUACGAAACAUUUUGUACAUGUAGGUUAGCUUUAUUUCAGUCGGUUAGUGAGGCAUCUGUUCAUGUCAGACGAUCUUCGAACACACGCCCAGCCUCAGCAUCAGCGCAUCUUUUUUUUUUUUUGGUUUUGUUUUUUCACGCGCCUCUCCCCUCCACCCUCGGCCCCGCGUGACGCGCACAAACACUGCCGGACCUCCCGAUCCUCGCGCUCUCCGCUCGCGCCUGCCUCGUUAUGCCUUUGAUCCCCGCCGGCCUGCCGCCAUGUCCGCUGCCGAUCGCUCCCUGCCGCCGCUGCUGAUCCUCUUGCUGCCGUCUUCGCUGCUGAUCUGCCUGGAUGGACCGCUGAGAGCGGCGGCGGAGGGCGGAGGCCUGUCCUCGCCCUCAUCUCCGCUCGGGGACAAUGGCGUCCCAGCCGCCGUGGGAGACACCUCAGCUACAGAAGCCCAGUUUUCCCUGAAGGUUCUGGUGAGAGACCUGGUGACCCGCCGGCCCCUGGCCGGGGCCUCCGUGGACGUCUACCUGAACCACACCUCAAAGAGUUCAGCCCGGACGGGGGAGGACGGGGAGGUCCUGCUCCGGGUGCCCUACAAUCCGGGUGUUUGUUUGACUCUGCUGGGCAGUAAGGAGGGGUAUGUACCCACCCCCCUGCCCUGGAGCACCACCAAGAGACCAAUUUUCUCCGCUGUGACGCUGCUGCUGCUCCCUCACAGUCAGGGAAACAUCUGGCUGUUUGAUGACUCAGUACUCAUCACCAGGAACUUACCUGACAGCUCAUCGCAACCUAAGGCCAAGUUCCCCAAGAACCUCCUCACCGUCUCUGACAAAAGCAACAUCUCUUCACUGAUGGCGUACCUGACUGUGCCACAGCACAGCACAAAGGACUGCACCCCAGGGAUCAUCAGCAGUAAAUCCGUGCUCAGAAGCGUCGAGCUGAAGGCGGUAGCGGCCGUCAGCAUUCAGUUGCACUCCGGCAGCGAGGAGCUUGAGGUCCGAGGACCCAUCCAAAUCAGCCUGCCGCUGGAACACAACACUCACUUGAGAUCCUCAAACACGGUACCCGCCUGGGCCUUCAACCUGAAAACAGGUGCCUGGGAGAAUCACGGUCUGGGAAUAGUUAAAGCAGUUGGUGACGAACUGGUUUGGACAUACACCGCAUCCCAUCUGGGCUACUGGAUCGCUGCCCCCCACCCUUCGGCAAAAGAUUAUUUGGGAUACCUAAGUUCUAUGGACUUCAUCUCUUACCACACCUAUCUUUUGGUGGGAAUACUGGGAGGAACUCUUGCCACAGUGAUUGGAUUCCUGUCCUUGCUUCUCUGUCAUUGCGGUUCCCGUCGAGAAGCCACGAGGAGGAGAAGGGCCCGCUUUUCCAAACUCACUGUAGUAAAAAAAGACCAGACGACCUCCACCCACACGGAGGAGGGUUUGCUUCUCCGAUCUGGCGACAACAGCUUUACCUCCUGCAGCGUUCGGUGCGAACCUUCAUCUACACCCAGACACAAAGCCAACUACAACAUCUACGUGGAGGAUCCAGGGAGUCUGACCGCAGCUCCUCCUUACGACAAUAUCGCUUCAGAUCGGAUGAAGGGGACUCGGCCUCUGCUGCACUACAUCAACAACCAGGACGUGGCUCGGAUAUGUGAAAAAGCAGAGCAAAAUCGGGCCAACGUGAACUCUGACGACUUCUUUCGAGACAAACCGGUUCACAUCUACAACCAGCCGGUGGCGAUUAUUCAAGCUCCAGAGCUGUUUGGCACUCAGGAGCAGCAGCUACCAGGCUGCAAGGCUGCCACUUUCCCCAGGAACGGAGACGAGUACGACCCUCAUUCUGAGCCUGGAAGCAAAGACGACUACACCCAGACACUACCCAAAGUCCACUCUCAAGGUGGGAGCAGUCCACGGCGGGGCAAUCCGGAUGAGCCUCAUUCUCUGGAGACACCCCCACCAGGACAAGGUCCUACUGCCGGUGUCUGGGGGCGCUACAGUAACCUCCUGGAGUCCUCCGUAUCUGUGCCAGGGACUCUCAACGAAGCGGCCGGUAUGGAGGCCUUCAGCAGCGGCCACAGCGGCGAGCUCCAGGGGAUUUCUGAGCGCACCUUACUGGAACUGACUCGCGGCAAGUCGUCAUCGGCUCACCCCAGGGCUUGGUUCGUGUCUCUGGACGGAAAACCAGUUGCCCAGGUUCGCCAUUCCAUCAUCGAGCUCCAGAGUCGCCACCGGCCACCGAGCAGCAACGACACCAGCCUGGACUCCGGCGUGGACAUGAACGAGCCCCUGCAGAACACCCGCGACAGGCCGUUGACGAGGGGCUCCUCGCUGCCGCAUCACGGCAGAGGCGGCCGUUACGGCGAGGAGCAAGACCUGAGCAGCAGCGAGAGCGGCACCACGGCCACUUGUACGCCAGAGGACCCUUCCCUAAGGAACAUUCUCGACGGGAGCAGCGGAGCUAUUCCCAAUAUUCCCGAAGAGCGGGAUGGGAUGGAUACAUCCAGCGCUCAAGAGGACAGCGAGUCGAAAGGUACGCCGCCACCUCGACGACUUCGGAAGGCGAGAGAAAGAGGGAAGGCAGAGAAGAGAAGCACCAAGCACGUCCGGGAGGGAAGACCUUUGACCAAAAGAAGUUAGAGCUCGUGACUGGAAUCACGUCCUCAAAUUUGUGUUUACUUGGGCAUCGUUGUCGUCGAGUCCCACGAUUGUACAACUUUGCCAAAGAAAGCAUAAGCUGACUGAAGAAGCACGGCACAUCUACGUUUCACAUGGAAUCCUGACGCAGGUGUCGUUUAACCCUCUCGUUAUGUUGCGGAUCAAAUUGACGCAUUUUAAAGGUUAAAAAUCUAAAGAAAACUGUUAUCUAAAGAAGAAGUUCCUGUUUGGAACUUCUUCUGCUUGACUUAAUAAGCAUAAAGAGCAUACAAAAUGAAGAUGAGUUAUUUUAUGUAGUUUUAACCCCCCACACAGACUGACACAGAGCAGUCAAAUGUAGGUUCCCAAAGGGUCCAAAGUGAUACUAUUUGUUUGUAUGCUACUCUGAAACUAAUUUCAUCUGAUACACAGACACAAAUACUGCACACCCUUUCCUUUUUCUCUUUACCUCACUAGUAAACUGUGAGAAAGCAGGAGCUGAAAAGCCUUUUCUGUUGUCAUGAGCAAAUUUGAUCCAUGUUGAGUGGACACAGAGGAGUGGGCAAACAUACGAAUAUUCUCUUUAAGGGAAACCUUAAACAUUGCCACACGAUGUAGUCGUUUUCACAUUUUCAGAAUCCUUAAAAAGGGGGUGAGGGGCUAACAUACAACAUGUUGUGCUCAUGAACAGUUUGCACAAAAGUGUUGAAAUGAGCACUUGAAAGGACCAGGAAGAAAGAAAGACCCUUUACUACCAAAGGAGGAGUAGACAACUUGGACAAGAUUACUAGGUCAUACUUACACACAGGAAGUGAAAAAGGAAAAAAAAAAAAACAUUUUCAUGUAUAACCAUUGAUUUUUCUUUAUAUUUUCCUAGUGGAUAUUAGAAAAACAUCAUCAUCAAAUUUUGAUGGAAAUUGUUAGCAAUAAUCAGAUGUAAAAUUGUUUUGGGGAAAACAUUUGAACAUAACGGGAGGGUUAAAAGGUUUCUGCACCUCAUUCUCUCAUUUCUUGAAAUCUGAAGACCACCAGCGAGAUUCUUCAAAGCGUAACCAUUCCCAGUGUUUGCAUUACAGACGGUGCCUUUCUUACUGCCCGUAGUCACAAAAUGUAAUUUGUUUCCUUGUAUUUAUUGAAAAUCUGAACCUGCAGGAUGGACAGUUGCACCUAUCCUCACCACAAAUGCCUGCUUUAAAUUCAACAAGCUUUCCUAAUUCUCGGUACUCUCACUCGGUUGCUGAACACACUGCCUCAAGAGGACUGCAACACUGACCCGAAGAAAGACUAAUAUACACAAGCACAGAGCUGCCACAUUACGUUCACACGUGAUAUACGAUAUUUUAGGUCUACAGUUGCUUUUCUUUGCAUGAAAAUGAAUGUUUCCUCUAGCGAGUGAACACAAGAGUAUAGCUUUUAGACAACUCGGUGACUGAAUGUUUUUACCGUCAGAUCUUGCCAUACAGGGCGUACUGUAAUUCCAACUCUGGGAUUUUUACUCAACAGUUGGAGAGGAGCGAAAGAGCCAAUGUUAGUUUAUUUCCAAGUUUAGAAAUGUAUUCAGGGGAUCUACCUUAACGGGUCUAUAUGCUUUAACGUGAAACAGGUUUCACUUUCAUCGCCCACCGAUCCAGCCAGGAUACUUUUAGGCCAGGAUCUCAAUACGUUUUUCACGUCUUUGCGCACGAUUGGAAUGAUUGGCCAUCAAUCGACUAAAUGUUUUGAUGCUUUUCAAGGGAGUUAGUCACACACCUUUGUUUGCGAGUCAUCAGUCCUGGGAACAACUGGCCUCGGUCCAUAAAGUGACGAAGCCUUUAUGGAUUUCGUCCAUAUGUUUUGAAAUCAAACAGAAUAAUUCUCACCACAAACGAAUAUUUCUUGCAAUUCAACUUCACCUUUAUAGUCUUCCAUUAUAGCUCUACAGCUACUUACUUUUAAUCACGAUCGAUGAUCGAUUCCGUGUAUUCAAGUGUUGGCUUUUAUACGUAGAUACCAUUUUCCGUGAGCAGUAGUUUAACGAUGUCAUCUUGUUUGUUUGUUUUAUUUUGGUUUCUAUUUGAAAGAAGGUGGAACGAUCCACUCACGUUGUGUCGCCGUGACUUAUUUUAAGGUCGUCUCAGUGGACGGAGCCUUCUAAGACAUGUAGCUCAAUCACGAAUAUCAUCAGCUCGAAAACGCAACGUCUCCCUGCUUUUUCGGCGAGACGAGAAGGAGUUUUCAACACUUUGUGCAAAUAUUGUCAUCGAGUACAACAAACCUGUCGUCGCUCUGGUUUUUGUAGCGAUCCAGAUGAAUGUAAUAUGCCGUACAGAUCCAUCCAUCGUCACGCCCUUUGGUUUCUUCCGAACGGGCCACCGCUUGUGUUUUUACCUUUGUAGUGCUGUUAGUGUUGUUGUAGUUGUUGCAUCUUUUGAGAACUUGCUUAAUAAACUUACUUCAUACCAAAAUA